UGAGGAGCAGCGUGUUCUAUACACUUUUAUUAUCUCACUGUGCCCAAAAGGCAUGACCCUUUUUGACGUCUGCUAAAAAAACCCAUCAAAAGUACAUGUGGACAGAAGAGCGGGGACAGGUUUUAGAAAGGACAGACAUGAGAAGGAAGAGCCUGGUUUCAUCACUCACCCUUUCCUCGGGCCCAAGACAGAUUUAAUUCUCGGUGAAAGGAGUUUGCGUGACCUUCGCCCUCCUGGAUUACUUGUGGAGAUUCGUGAUGGGGAACGCCGCAGGCGGGGGUGUGGUGCAGGAACAGGCCGAGGCCCAGGAGACCGAGAACUCAGUAGGGACGGCGCCAAGUAUGAGCAAUCCCACACCCACCGUACAGAAGAAGCAGCUGGCUCCCCCUAAACUGCCCGUACCCCCAGAGAAGGAACUGGAGGAGCGAUUCAACGUGGUGCUGAGCUACAUGAACUUGCCCCCAGAUAAACUGAACCUUCUGAGCCAGUACGACAACGAGAAGAAAUGGGAGCUGGUGUGUGAUCAGGAGCGCUUCCAAGUGAAGAGCCAACCCUGUGCUUACCUGACUAAGAUCAAGAGUUUCUACCAGGACCAGGGAGGGGUGCCCCGCAGGCUCAAGAAGCGGAUCCAAGAUGCUACUCAGGUCCUCAAAGACCUGGAGAUAUCCCUUCGCACCAAUCAUAUUGGAUGGGCCCAGGAGUUUCUCAGCGAGGAAAACAAAGGUUUGGACGUGUUGGUGGAAUACCUCUCCCACGCACAUAGUGAUAUCUUGUUUGAAAUAGAAGGACUUGAGAAUGGUGGCAGUCUGUCAGAGAAAGGAAAGUCCACUGAGAGGUCACUGGAGGACCUGAAUAAGAGCAGCAGCCAGUCUCAUGGCAUGACCCGAGCUGCUCGUGCUCUGACACUGAGGUUAAGCAAUACUCUGGCCAACAGAAUUCAUAAAAAAUCCCAUUCGGCCAACCAGAGAGAUGAUGUGCAUGUGUGCAUCAUGUGCCUGCGAGCGAUCAUGAACUACCAGUCUGGGUUUAACCUGGUCAUGACUCAUCCACACUGCGUCAAUGAAAUCACCCUUAGUCUCAACAGCAAGAAUCCCAGAACCAGAGCGCUGGUGUUGGAGUUGCUGGCUGCUGUGUGUCUUGUUAGGGGAGGCCAUGACAUCAUUCUCUCUGCCUUUGACAACUUUAAAGAGGUGAGCAGAGAAAAGAACCGCUUUGAGAAACUGAUGGAGUACUUCGCCAGUGACGACAGCAACAUGGACUUCUUGGUAGCCUGCAUGCAGUUCAUAAACAUCGUGGUCCAUUCAGUGGAGAACAUGAACUUCCGCGUCCAUCUACAGUACGAAUUUACACAUCUUGGAUUAGACCGGUAUCUGGAGACUCUGAGGCUAACGGAGAGCGAGCAGCUGCAGGUGCAAAUCCAGGCCUACCUGGACAACGUGUUCGAUGUUGGAGCCCUGCUGGAAGAUGCUGAGAGCAGAGGAGGAGUGCUGGAUCACAUGAACGAAUUACAAGAACACAACACACAGCUGAGUGUCAGGCUACACGAAGUCGAGAGUCAGACGGCGGAAAGAAUAGCCGAACUGGAGACUCAGCUUAUGCAGACCAUCAAAGAGACCGAGCUGCUCAAGGAAAGCCUGCGGGAGUCCUGCUCCCAGGUCAGCACCCUGCAACAGCGGGAGAGGGAGAAGGAGCUGGACAGAGAGAGGGAGAGGGACAGGGAGCGUCUGAGUUCCCAGGUGUCUCCUCAGAGCCCCAUGGAGCUGGAGCAGAAGGUGCAGGAGCUGCAGGACAGGGGGCUGAUCCGACUGGGGCGCACUGCAUCUGGGGCUCUGGACAUCCAGGUUGUGCCCGUUACCACGGUUGAAUAUGUCCAGGUCCCGGUCUCCAGUUCCCUGUCCGGUAAUGGAGGCCCAGACUCUCCUGAAUCCUCUUUCUUGUCGGCGCCAAACGUUCUUGCCUGUGCCUCGGUCUCUGCUCCCCCUCCCCCUCCCCCUCCACCUCCACCUGGUGGUCCUGGGGAGUCCACAUUCACCCCACCUCCUCCGCCUCCACCGCCACCGCUACCAGGUGCCAACGCCAGUGCUGCACCUCCACCUCCACCACCACCACCUCCACCUCCUGCUCCUGGAGGGGGUCCGCCCCCGCCCCCUCCCCCACCCGGUUUUGGGCCCCCACCCCCACCUGGAGCCCCGCCAGUACCAGACAGUCAACCUGAGUCAAAGAGCAGGAAGCCCAUCCAGACCAAGUUUCGGAUGCCGUUGUUCAACUGGCAGGCUUUGAAAGCCAGUCAGGUGACAGGCACUGUCUUCAAUGAGCUGGAUGAUGAGCAGGUGUUAGGGGAGCUGAACAUGGAGAUAUUUGAGGAACAGUUUAAGACCAAAGCCCAGGGUGCUCCAGCAGAACUGUCCAGUUUGAAAGUGAAAGUUGUCCAGAAACCCCCGAGUAAGGUGUCUCUGAUGGAUGGCAACAAGGCCAAGAACCUGGCCAUCACUCUGCGCAAGGCGGGCAUGAGCCCGGUCAACAUCUGCACUGCCAUAGAGACGUAUGACCAGCAUGCUUUGGCCUUGGACUUCCUGGAGUUAAUGGAGCGGUUCAUACCGUCAGACUAUGAACGAAAGCUGCUGCUAAACUACGAGAAGGAGGGGCGUCCGUUGGAGGAGCUGUCGGACGAGGACCAGUUUAUGAUUCGCUUCGGAAAGAUUUCCCGUCUGAGCCAACGAAUAAACACCCUCACCUUCAUGGGCAAUUUCCCAGAGACUGUUAAACGUCUGCAGCCGCAACUAAACUCCAUUAUUGCUGCAUCCGUAUCUAUAAAGUCCUCGGCCAAAUUGAAGAAACUCUUAGAAAUCAUUCUGGCUUUUGGUAACUAUAUGAACAGCAGUAAGAGGGGUGCAGCUUAUGGGUUCCGUCUGCAGAGUCUGGACAUUCUGCUAGAGACCAAGUCCACCGACCGCUCCCAGACGCUGCUCCACUUCAUCGCCAACAUCAUCCAAGAGAAAUACCCCGACCUGGCGUCCUUCCACUCGGAGCUACUCUUUGUGGACAAGGCUGCCCUGGUGUCCUUGGAUGGCAUCCUGCAGGACAUCAGGUCGCUAGAACGAGGGAUGGAGAUGACCAAGAAGGAGUUCAUGGUGCAGGACGACAGCCGUGUGCUAAAGGACUUUGUAAAGUCCAACAGUGAACAGUUGGAGUCUUUACUCAAAGACAGCAAGUCAGCGCAGGAGGCCUAUGUCUCUGUGGUGGAGUAUUUUGGCGAGAACCCCAAAACCACACAGCCGUCCAUGUUUUUCCCCACAUUCGCCCGCUUCAUAAAGGGCUAUAAGAAAGCAGAGCAGGACAAUGAGGGGAGGAAGCAAGCGAAAAGCAAAAGCAGUGAGGACAAAGCUAACACGCCGUCUCCUAACAAGGCUGGGCCAGAAAAGUCUCCUAUGCCCAAGAUGCCCCAGAUGGACCUGAUAGCUGAGCUGAAGAGGAGGCAGGUGAAGCCUCAGGUACGGGAGGGGAAGGAUGGAGCUCUGGAGGACAUCAUCACAGACUUGAGGACUACACCAUACAGACGGACAGACGGUCGAAGAUCUGCGCAGCGCCAGGACCCUUGAACCACUUCUGCUCCAAAACGUUUCACAACAUACAAAGAGUUACUCAGGUUUAUGUACAGGAUGACACAUGCACAGAUGUCCAGAAAUAAGCGUGCACGCCUGCAGAAAUAUUUUAUGUAAAUAUAUAACUAGCUAUUGGAGGUUGUUUGUAAUGUAACAGUACACGACUUUGAUUCCAAAUUUCGCUAAAACACAUCAUGAUACAUGAUAUUGUCCUGAAUUGCUUUGUAUGUUCACAUUUUGUAAUGUUUCUCUUGAAAAUUAAAACGUGACU